CUCGCCUCGCCGGUCGCCGCUGCUCUGCCAUCCACCACCAACCAAGCCUCAAACCUCCCCUCCGUCCGCCAUGGACGCUCCCUUUCGAAACCUCCCCGAAGACAUCCUCCGCCACAUCUACGGGCUGCUCGCAUGCCCCGCCGACCGCUUGGCCAUGUCCCGGGUUUGCCGCCUAUUUCGCGCCGCCGUCACGGGCCACUCGCCCCAAAUCCGGGCCGCGCCCUUGCCGCAGCAGCUCCCGUGGCUCCUCCUCCCGCACGCCGAGGGGCCAGCCUUCGCCUGCAUCCUAAGAGGCGGCGCCCUCCACCGCCUCGACGUCCCGGAUGACGCACGAUUCGCCCGCUACUUCGGCUGCCACAGGGGCUGCUGGCUCUUCCUCGCCUUCGGCCAAACCGAAGGGCACGCUCUCCUCAACGUCCGAACGGACCAGCGCAUCUGCAUCCCCAAUGCCAUGCGCAUUGGCCGUGGUCUUGGUGAGUACCCUAUGGUGAUCCACGGCGUCACACUCUCCUCUUGCCCGCUUGACGAAGGCUGUAUCGCCGCCACCAUCGUCAGCAGCCACCCGUCCUGUCCCAAGAUCACGUUCUGGCGCAUCGGUGAUCUUGUCGCGUCAGGAGCAUUUGGGACUUCUUGGUCUUUGAGGGUGGUUGACCUCAUAUUCCACGACGGCAGCCUUCAUUGCCUCACCCGAUACGAAAGAAUCCUUGUGUGCACACCAGUAUUCGCUGACGAUGGGCUGCUCGACGUUGGUAUGGAGUUGCGCUUGCUGCCGGGCCGUGGCUACGAUGGUCAGCACGUCCAUGGCCGGUACAUCUUGGAGUCCCGUAAGGAACUGCUUAUGGUGGUCAGAUUCUCUCCUUCGCCACUUGGUUUCUCCUUUAGGAAUGCUUGA